AUGAUUGAGACCAAGAAAGCAUUGACGGCCGAGCGCAAAGAGGAGAAGGCAGCAAGAUGGAAUGAGCUCGAGCCUUUGGAGGAUGAGAAAUGCAGGUCCAAGUUGACGGCCGAGCACAAAGAAGAGAAGGCAACAAGGUGGAAUGAGCUCAAGCCUUUGGAGGAUGAGAAAUGGAGGUCCAAGUUGACGGCCGGAGAGAGGAAGUUGAAGGCGAGGAGCGUAGGCUUGAAGGACAAGUUUUUCGAAGUGGAGAUGAGAGUCCGCGACGAUGACCUUGACGAGUAUGGCGUUGUCAACAACGCCGUCCACGCCAGUUACAUCCAUGACGCUCGUAACGUGCUGCUUGAAACCCUUGGUAUUAGCAUUCACUUCUGGACAUCCACGGGGAACACGAUGGCGCUUUCAGAACUGCACCUCAAGUACUUCACGCCUCUUAGGAGUGGUGGCAGGUUCAUCGUCAAGCUGAGGGUGGUGCAAAUCAAAGGUGUGAGAAUAAUAGUCGACCAUGUGAUCGAGACGCUGCCCAAUCGUAAGGUCGUUAUGGAAGCCAGUGCAACCGCUGUUUGCCUCGACAAAAACCACCGUCCAACUCACGUAUUCCCGGAGUUGGUGUCCAAGAUACAUCAGUUUUUUUCAUGUGAAAAUAACUCGAGCUAACCAAAGCAACAUUUAUGUUUACUUAGAAAACGGCCGGGUGGGUGACGGAUGUGUCUAUAUAUAUAUUAAA